UAGGUACAUACAUAUUUCAAUAGUAUUCCGAGAACAGUCGAAGUGGUGGUGUUAGUUUCUCUGUUAAGUGAGCUAGUUUGAAAUCAGUUUUGAAAAUUCGAUAGCAAGAUGGAAAAAUUAUACGUGAAAAACGUGAUUUCGAACUUAUUCGCAUAUCGAAGUCAUAUUUUCGGUGAAGGAAGUACGUAUUACGGAUUUGAACCCAAAACAUCGGAUCAGAACGGAGAUCAAAAGCUUCCAGAUGGUUUCAACUCAGACCACCAGUAUGGAAAAAUUCUUUACAAAAAUAAAGACGGCGAUAUUUUGAAAUCGGGACCGGUAAUGAUUAAAUUUUCACCGAAGGCAUGCUUUACGAGGUGGAUUUUAUUUUCUUUCACGAACGAAAUGAUUUUCUAUACCAAAAUUCUUCCUGUUCUGAAUACUCCAGAGGUUUCAGUACUUGGUCUGUUUCCAAAAUUUUACCACGGUGAAAUAAUAUUCGACGUUGAACAAGACCACUCUGCACUUGUACUCGAAGAUUUGACAUUCAAAGGAUACAGAAUGGCUGAAAAGAAAUCGUUCUUGGAUUACCAGCAUUUGGCUUUGAUGAUGCGCAAACUCGGUCAGUUUCACGCUCAUUCUUAUAAAGCUAAGAAUACCGUACCAGAUUUAUUUUAUCCUUUGGCAAACAACUUUCAAGAAGCCAUCCAGUUAAUGAAUGGAGAAUACACUGAUGUGUUGGCUAAAGUUGGUCAACGCGGAUUACAACAAUUACAAACAGAUUCCGCUUACUCAGCUUAUAUUCCCAUGAUCACUGAAAUGAUUCAACGCAGCGACGACAUUUUCAAGCAGAUUUUAACAGAAGGAAAUCAUGAUGCGGUGUCAGUAAUUGUUCACGGUGAUUACUUGAGAAAUAACGUGAUGUUUAAGUAUAAAAAUACUAAUACUCCAGAGCCCGACGAUCUAGUAAUGUUAGACAUGGCAAGAUAUCGUUAUGGAUCACCUGUGAUCGAUUUAGUUACCGUCAUGUAUUUGCACGCUGACCAAGAAAUGAGGAACAAACACUGGAAUGAUUUAGUCGACGAAUAUUAUACCUCUUUGAAGGAAACAUUCCCAGAAAAUCCUGUCCCAAGUAAGGAUGAAAUAUUAUCCGAGUUCGUUGAAAAAUCCUUCUUUGGAUAUUUCGUGGCGUCGUACUUUUUGCCUCUCCUCAUUGCUGACGAUAAUAACACGCAUUCUGCGGAUGUUUACGAAUGUUUGUCAGCAUCGGAUGAAGUUUCUCCUUCAAUUGAUACCCUAGUGGAUUCGAUGACCAAAAUACUUCUAGCUGAAGGUGGAAACGAAGCUAGUCAAGUUUUGGGUGAUAUUCUUCGUGAUUUGAUCGAUAGAGGUUUUAUUUGUAAAAAAUCAGCCUGAUUGUUAACUUACGUAAUUUUUUAUUUCAAUUUUUGUGUACGUAUGUGUUUUAUUGUUUACUUGACGUUUUUCAUCAUGUGUUUUGAUUUAA